AUGCCUCUUCUACAAAAGUAUAUACUCAAUGAAGGAACUCUCUACAGCAAUCACUUCUGCACUGUGGCACUCUGUUGUCCAUCCCGCGUCACUCUGUGGACGGGCAGAGCAGCCCAUAACACAAAUGUGACAGAUGUGUUUCCUCCAUACGGCGGAUGGCCAAAGAUCUUGAGAGAGGGCAUCAACGAUGACUACCUGCCGCUGUGGAUGCAGAAUGCAGGCUAUAAUACUUACUAUACCGGAAAACUCUGGAACCACCAUCAUAUCGACAACUACGACAAGCCUCGCGCCAGAGGCUUCAAUGGCAGCGAUUUCCUGCUUGACCCGUAUACGUACGAAUACUACCACUCCCGAAUGACACGGAACAACGAGCCCCCUGUCAACUACGAAGGACAGUAUAGCCCGGACGUUAUAGCACAGAAAGCAUACGGGUUCCUGAACGAAGCCAUGCAGCACAAAGAGCCCUGGAUGUUGACCGUUGCUCCCGUUGCGUCGCAUGGCAACGUCCGCUUAGAGGGUGGGUGGGAGAUCAGCGCUCCCAGAUAUGCUAAACGGCACGCACACCUCUUCAAGGAUUACAAAAUACCACGCGACAAGAAUUUCAAUCCUGAGAAGCAAGGAGGGGUCUCUUGGGUCAAGAACUUGCCGCUCUUGAACGAUACCGUGAUCGCUUACAACGAUGAGUAUCAGCGUGCACGCCUGCGGUCUCUGCAGCCCGUGGACGAGAUGAUUGAGAACUUGGUCAAGAUGCUGGAGGAGAAAGGAGUUCUGGACAAUACCUACAUCUUUUAUACAACCGACAACGGAUAUCACAUCUCGCAACAUCGUCUGCACCCCGGGAAAGAAUGUGGCUACGACACCGACAUCCAUAUCCCGCUGGCUGUCAGAGGACCAGGCGUCGCAGCUGGCCGGGUGACCAAGGCCGUGACAUCGCACACAGACUUGUCUCCAACCAUUCUCCAACUAGCAGGACAGUCGCGUGAAGACUUCGACGGACGUCCGAUCCCCCUUUCUGCAGAGGAGACUGUACAGGACACCUCGAAUUGGGAACAUGUCAACAUCGAAUUCUGGGGUCGGGCUGUCCCAGAGGGGACUAUGGGCAAGUACACCGACGACUACAAUCCCGAGUGGGGCUUUGAAGGGGCGGUUAGGAACAACACAUACAAAGGCCUCCGCUUGAUAGGUGACGGGUAUAGUCUUUACUAUUCCGUCCAUUGUACUGGGGAACGCGAGUUCUAUGACUCGAUCCAUGACCCCGGUCAACUGGUGAACCUGUUCGACGAUCAAGCCGUAUCUUCGGCCUACAGUCUUAGAGGUCGUCCGUUCGACCAGAUCGUUCAUCGCCUGGACGCCUUGAUGAUGGUGCUCAAAUCGUGCAAGACCGAGAGCUGCCUCAAGCCCUGGGACGCGCUGCACUCCCGCGGAGAUGUCGCGACCUUGAAGGAUGCGUUGCACCCUGACUUCGACGCCUUCUACAAGAACCAGCCGAAGGUUGCCUUCACAUCUUGCGAGCUAGGAUAUAUUCGCGAGGCCGAGGGUCCACAGGAUGCCAAUGUCUUCGGCGCAGCAGAACCACGGCUCGAGUUGAGAGAGCAACAAGGCACGGACCAAAGCUUCGGUUACAGAGGCCACUGGAGCCAUUGGACCUAA